ACUCAAAAAUCCUGAAAAAGUUGCAAAUAAGCUAUGACUAUCUAGAUGACCAUGACAGGGAAUUGUUCCUUCACAUUGCUUGUUUCUUUAUUGGAAAGGGCAAAGAUUUCAUAGUAAGUAUUCUAGGUGAUCUCUACCCAACAGUUGGGAUACAAACUCUCAUUGACAGAUGUCUCUUAACCAUUGAUGGAGACAACAAGGUGAUGAUGCACCAUCUUCUCCAACAAAUGGGAAGAGAAAUUGUUCGCCAAUAAUCACCCAAGGAACCGGGUAAACAUAGCAGAUUGUGGCACCAUAAGGAUUGCUUCAAAGUAUUGAGUGAAAAAACUGGAACAGAAACAAUUGAGGGCCUCUACCUUGACAUGCAUCACGUGUUGGAGGAAGAUGGUCAUCAUGUGCUGGAGAAAGAUAGUCGGUUUACGAAAAACUUCCGUGUUAGUAAUAUAAAGUGUCCCCGCUUCGAAGAACUUAAUCAUGAAUCAUCAUUUGCAGAACAAGGCUAUUCACUGAAACAGCGUUGUCUUAGUUUGUUCAUUUGGCGCCCAACAAACAAUCUUGGAAGAAGUGCAGAUCAGGUGGAGUUGAGGACUGAUGCAUUUACAAGGAUGCACAAUCUUAAAUUGCUCCAGCUCAAUAAUGUGGAAAUCAUUGGAAGAUACACAGACUUCCCGGGAGGAUUAAGAUGUUUGACUUGGCAUGGCUUCCCUUUAACAUCCAUACCUGCUGAGUUUUCUCUGAAGAGACUGGUUGGUCUUGACUUGCGCUAUAGCAAAUUGGAGCAAGUUUGGAAGGGAGAAAUGUUUCUGACAUCAGUGAAAAUCCUCAAUCUCAGUCAUUCCCAUGGCCUCAAGAAUACCCCCAAAUUCACUGGACUCCCUAAUCUCGAGAAAUUGGUCCUUAAGUAUUGCAUAAGUUUGAUAGAGGUUCAUGAAUCGAUAGGGGAACUAGAUAAUCUUGUUUUGUUGAAUCUCAGAGGCUGCAAAAAUCUUAAGAAGCUUCCCUGUGAAAUUGGUCAUUUAACAUCCCUAGAAAAACUCAUUCUCUCUGGUUGUUCAAAGCUUGAUCAGUUGCCUGCAGAGCUCGGACAGAUGAAAUCUUUAACAGUGCUCCAUGCAGAUGGAAUUUCCCAAGACAUUUGUAAGGAUGGAUCAUGGACUUCCCUCGUCUGGUCUUUGGUAUUGAAACCGAGAAAAAGUCCAAAAACAUUGCCUUCUUUACCUGGCUCACUUGUAGAAUUAAGUCUUUCAAACUGCAGUCUGUCAAGUGAUGAUCUUGCGAAAUGUCUUGGGAGCUUCUCUGUGUUGAAGGACUUGAAUCUGAGUGAGAAUCCAAUUUCCAGCUUACCAGAGAGCAUCAAAGGUCUUGCUGUGCUCCAAUCACUUAAGCUAAACUAUUGCACGAGACUCCAAUCGCUGCCUGAACUUCCAAUGACUUUAAAAAGGUUGGAGUUAUCUGACUGUAUUUCACUGGAAAGGAUCACAAAUCUUCCUAACCUGUUGGCAUCUUUUGAUUUUGAUAUGAAUGAUUGUAAAGUAGUUGAGGUCAGGGGAUGUUCAAGUUAGAGUCCCUUGGAAAUACUGAUGCAGAAAUCAUUAACAAGAUGGGCUCAUCAUUUGAGGUGGAAUUAAGUAACCUGAUGUGUAUCACACGCCCAUCAGGAAAGAG